AUGGAAACCCAUAGGCGAUCCAGGGCUGCGUCCACCCGCAACCUGCAGCUGCCUUCACUCGACAAUGAGAAGUCGCCCAGCCCCAAGCAGAAGACGUUGACGUCGCUGGCGUCGCGCCUGGCCUUCUUUCGCAAACCCCUGCGGUUACGUGGCAAUUCGACCGUCUCGGUGCCCCUCGGCGUCGUCGUCCUCUUUCCCAUCCUUGUCGUCAUACUCAUCCUGAUCCUGUUUAUAAGGCACCCAGACUCGCCGGGGAGCAUGCUCGUUCCCGCCGGUGCACCCCCUGCUAUCAGGAAGAUUAGCGAGCAGCACGACAAGGUCUUUGUCAACGGCUGUCUCGAGCCUGACACCACCCAGCCCAGAGCCAACGCCGCAUUUGUUGUGCUUGCCAGGAACAAGGAGCUUGACGGCGUCAUACAGUCCAUGAAGUCGGUUGAGCGCCACUUCAACCGCUGGUACCACUACCCUUACGUCUUCCUCAACGAUGGCGAGUUUAAUGAGACCUUCAAAGAGACGGUCCAAAAGUACGCCUCGUCAAACGUCGAGUUUGGCAAGGUCGGUCCUGACAUGUGGGGUUACCCCGACUGGGCCGAUGAGAAGGUCGUCAAGGAGGGCAUCGCCAAGCAGGGCGAUGCCGCUGUCAUGUACGGUGGUCUCGAGAGUUACCACAAAAUGUGCCGUUUCUACUCUGGGUUUGUCAUCCCCCUCCACCCCACACCUUCGGCCCCCCCCCCCCCCCGGUCACCACUUUUUAAUAUCUUACUGACCGCCGUGCGUAGCUUCUUCUACAACCACCCUCUCCUGCUCAAGUACGAGUGGUACUGGCGCGUCGAGCCCGAGAUCACCUACUUCUGCGACAUUACAUAUGACCCCUUCCUCAAGAUGAUUGAGAACAAUAAGACGUACGGCUUCACCAUUGCCGUCAAGGAGUUGCGCGAGACUGUCCCCAACAUCUUCCGAUACGCCUCGGCCUACAAGCGCCUCAACAACAUCACCUCCCAGGGUCUCUGGGAGAUGUUUGUCGAGCCGCAACCGCCCUCUGAGGAGUCCCGACCGGACGAGAACUCACCUCUACCUGAAGAGAUCCUGCAGAACGACCCCAAUCAGAAUACGCUCCCCGAAAUUGACCCCGAGGCCAUGGAGGGCGAGAAGUACAACAUGUGCCACUUCUGGUCCAACUUUGAGAUUGCCAAGCUCAGCUGGUUCCGCAGCAAGGAGUAUAAUGACUUCUUCGAGAUGAUGGACCGGAGGAUUUUGGAUGGAACGGUGGGGUGA